UCCAAAGCAUUUUAUAACGUCCAGUUCAACUAGUGCAGCGCUCAGUGUUUUCGUAUUCAUUAUUCUAAUAAUUUGACCGAAGUAGUAAGAAUAAUAUUUAAAAAAAUAAGUGUCUAUAAUACCACACAUUUAAAUAAUUAAAAAAAAAAAAUCAAUUUCGUUCUAUUUUCAGUCGAUACGGUACUUGAUAUCCAACAGAGAUGACAAUGCUGCGACCGGUGGUCAUCGUACCGUAUCUACUCGUGUUCUUGUUGUCUGUCUCCGUACGUGCGGCACACGAUUCAAGCGACGCCGACGACGACCAUCAUUAUAGCGUGCCUAGCUACCAUUUCAAUUAUGGUGUCAAGGAUAUGCACACGGGUGAUCUGAAGAGCCAAUGGGAGCGCAGGGAGGGUGAUGUUGUCAAGGGAUCCUACAGCUUGAUGGAACCAGACGGGUCAAUUAGAACUGUAGACUACACGGCCGACAGUCGCAACGGAUUCAAUGCGGUCGUAACCAAAAGUGGCCACAACGUCCAUCCAGUGAAAAAGUACGCACCGGUACAAAAACCGGCGGCGUUCAAACCGUCAGCACCGUCCAAGUACCCGCCGCCGUUGAAUCGCUACUACGCGCAACCGACUGCACACCAAAAGGCCGCCGCUUCCGUUGAUUACAUAGCUUAUCUCAACAACGGUUUGAGAGCUGUGUCAUACGAAUCGCCUAAAUAUUACGCAACCGCCCCACCUGCCGCGCCCAGUCCACAAUACUAUUCCGCGCCCAGUCCACAAUACUAUUCCGCGCCCAAACACUACUACGACUCUAUUGACGCGUCGGCCUUUGAACCACUCCUUCCGUCGCCCUCGUCGACGGUGUCGUCUGUCGUUGCCAAGUCCGGACCCGUCUUGUUCCCAGCCGACAACUCGACAACUACUGUCCCAUCGCCAAAACUGGCGUCCGCACCGACGCCCAUCACUUUGCUCAAAUAUGUACCAGAAGACAACGGACAGCUGUACAACGACUACUACACGUAAAAUAAACGUCGACCAUUUUUUAUUUCACUUCAUUUAACUAUCGUGUUUGCUGUAUACAAUUUUAAAUAGUCUCGCGGGGAAACACCGUACUCGUCCAAUAUUUAGUUACAAUUUUUCAAGUAUUCAAAAUAAAAAUUUUCAAUGUAUUCAUUGCCAAUGCGUCGCGAUGUCAUUAUUAGUAGUAUGUGGAUGCCCAAAAAUUCGAUAAGUUAUUUUUAGUUUUCCAUAUUAUGUUUUUUUAAGAAAUUUAUAUUCAAAUCAAAGUGUGAAAUUAGUAAAACUUUAUCAACUAUUCGCUUAAAGAAAUCAAAUGUUAUUCCUCAAUACUAUAAACGCGUUGGGGUUUGCCAAAAAAAAAAUAUCCAGGAAACUAAACGACUCUUUUACUUGAAUGUAUUAUGUCAAUAGAUUAAGUAAAUUAAAAAUACUCGUAAGUGUAUUAGAUUUAAGGCGUAACGAAGUGCAAUAUUUUUGUUAUAGUUAUUAUUUUACUUAGAUAUUUAAUAUUAUUAUUUUUCUACCUAUUUAUAUGACAUUUUUUUGUAUUUUUUUAAAUUUAAAGUGUAAUUAAACAUUUUAUUUUUUAAC